UUGAAGUAGUCGGAUAUCAAAGUCCUGUAAAAGUAGAGCAGUAUUAUCGGUAACCUGUGUAAAAAUGGGCCUAUUAAUCAAAGCACUGAAUCGUUUAAGGACUUUGUUAAAAAGGACACCCCAACCCCAUCCUGAUCAGGAUAAUGAGACCCCUGUUGGGGCUUGUGUGGCUGAUGUGGGUGGUGGUAGUGAGGCAGGGAAAGAAAAGAAUAAGAGAGAAAGGAAGAGGUUUUGGAGGUGGCACUUAAGAAGAAAAAAGUACAGUGUGGCUAAGGCUGAGAAGCUGUACCAGACUUCUGUAUUGGGAACAGGAACAUACCGGAGGCAUAGUCAAAGCCUCAAGGAACUGACCCCCACUGCUGAGUACACUGAAGAUGUCCUUCAACCGGCGGUCCUCGACAUUUCAGUGUGUUCAUCAGCAGGUAAAGGCACUGACUCUCCAGUGCAUCUGUCAGAUGAUGACAGCUUUGUCUCUGCAGUGACCUCCAUAGCACACAGUGCCAUUGCCUGUGCAGUUGCAGAUGAGGACAUUGCCUCUGCAGAGAGUCUCAUAGUACAUCAGGACGUUAACUCUGCUGUGAGACCCAAAGCAGAGAGGGACGUUGCCUCUGUACAGCAUUCCAAAAUAGAUGGGGGCAUUGCCCUUGCAGUGCUUCCCAAAGAAGAUGGGGGCAUUGCCUCUGCAAGACAUCCUCAAGUAGACAUGGGCAUUGCUAGUGCUGUGUGUACUCCAGUAGACUCCGUUGCAACAGGAGAGCUGGACAAAGAUCAUAUUUGUUGGCGGUACAAAUUUGGUGGCAGGCUGGGUGAAGGAGGAUUCGGGUCAGUGCGAAAAGGGACUCGUGUUAAGGAUGGUCUUAAGGUGGCUGUGAAAUAUGUCAAAAAGACGAAACACACUAAAUAUAUCACCACUGCUUUUCACCCCAAACCUCUUCCUGUAGAGAUUGCGUUGGCAGUCAUCAUCGAUAGGAAACCCAGCUGUCCACAUAUAAUUGAAAUGCUGGACUGGCAGGACGACCCAGACUACUACUUAAUAGUCAUGGAGCGCCCCGUGCCAAGCAUGGAUAUGGCAAAACUUUUGAAAUGCAGCGGAGGUCGCCUCAAAGAGCAGAUAGCACAGUACAUCAUGUGGCAAGUCAUUUAUGCCGCUAACUUUUGCUGCAAUCGAGGCGUUUUCCAUCGUGACAUCAAGCUGGAAAAUGUGCUUGUGAACCCGACAACUUUGGAGAUCAAAUUGAUUGACUUUGGGUGUGGGAACCUCGUGAAGGAUUCAGGCUACAGCACCUGCUAUGGUACAAAACCAUACAUCCCUCCAGAAUAUCAUGACAGAGGCAGAUAUCACGCAAAGCCCGCAACAGUGUAUUCAUUAGGGGUGCUCCUGUUUACAAUGCUGCAUGGGCGUUUUCCAAAAGAUAGAGACUUGUACUGCUUGGGCAGCAACCAGUCUGUAUUUGCAGUGUCACAAGAGUGCAUCCAAUUUUUAUGGGCUUGUCUGCAGUGUUAUCCAGAGCACAGGAUUGCCCUGGAGCAGAUGAUUUACCAUGACUGGUUUGUGUUGGGUUUUCCCAAUGCCCUGCCAAUUUACCGGAAAGCAUCUAAACAGCAUUCACGUUAUCGAUGAGGAGUACAGUAUGUUCAUACUGUCAGUGUUGUUUCUGGCAAGAUGACAUGAGUGGCCUUUCCAUGCCUCGGCUGAGGCCUUAUUACUAGAAAA